CCUCCCAGCGCGACGCGUUCUACACACGUUCUGUACUGCACUGCAGUUACUGCGUACCGAAGCGUACAUACAGUAGUCUGGGUUAGUUAGUGCUCCGUAGCGCUUGGCACCUCACUGAAAGCUUCCCACAACGGCCCGAGCUUCCCAGGAAAGCCCGCCUGCCUCUCUCAGCCUUCCUCAUCAAGUCAAUUUCCUUUCAUUGGUUCGGCCUCUCAUCAAACGCCCACAAGCAACUCUCACAUACUUCUGCAACUUACCGAAUCCAGCACUUGCUCCCCCGGGGACUCAUUGCAGAGCACGCCUAACAACGAUGCGCGGAGGCUUCAGGAAUACAGUCGAAAGACUGGACCGCCCCAGUGCCUACUACACAAGCAGGAACAACAACAAGCGCAGGCGGACUGAUCGUGGUCGGGAGGACCGAGAUGGAGACUCCGAAAUGGCUGACCAAAAGCCAGAGGAGAAGCCCGAAGAGGAUCCUCUGGCCAAUGCCACCACACUCUACGUUGGCAACCUUCUUGCCCCGAUGCCUGCAUUGGUCGCCAGACCGUCUCAAACCUGUUGUUCCGUGCACCGAAUCACAGCACCCCCAAGUACUAAGGCGUCAUGCAGUUCCUUCUACACAACCGAAGAGCAAGUAUACGAUCUCUUCUCCAAGUGCGGCGAGAUCAAGCGCCUGAUCAUGGGCCUUGACCGCUUCCAGAAGACGCCCUGCGGCUUCUGCUUCGUGGAGUACUACACACACCAAGAUGCGCUCGACUGCCUCAAGUACGUCGGCGGCACCAAGCUGGACGAGCGCGUCAUCCGGACGGACCUGGACCCCGGCUUUGAGGAGGGCCGCCAGUAUGGUCGUGGUAAGUCCGGCGGCCAGGUGCGUGACGAGUACCGCGACGACUAUGACGAGGGUCGAGGCGGUCUGGGCCGUGCCAUCAAAUCCGAGAGAAUGAUGGACAAUGAGCGAAACCGGGACAAUGAGGGUGAUGACCAGAUGGAGAGAGACUACGGCAGAUUACGAUAG